AUGGCAUCUUUCAACACAACAAGAGUUUAUUUGAACACAAAGAAGCCAAAAUAUGGAGAGCCAAUUGUGAUUUAUCGAGUGCCAGUGCCGCUUGUCAAUGAAAGCUUUUAUUUCAACCAGGAAGCAAUUCAAGCCACUGUAUAUUAUAAGCACCACAACACCUCUGUACAUAAAGAAUCUGACAUUGCAUCAAUUCACCUCACCAAUAAGCGCCUCAUACUAUUGUCACAAUCAACAAGCAUAGCACCCACAGACAUGAAUCAUUUCGAUACAUGCGAGAUGCAAUUGUCAGAUUUCCAAUCCCUCAAGUCCGAUUCUAGAAUGCAUAAAAGAAGGAUGCGGUUCGAUAUCGAGACUAUCCGAAACGAAACCAUUAGAAUAGAUAUCAAAUUUAAAAACAAAAAGGACGCUAAUAGACGAGAAUCAUUGAAAGAGUACAUUAAAAUGGCUACUUCGGCGAUUGCAGCUAGUCAGACCCGUAAUUACAGCCAGCCAUUACAGCAGACCCAACAAGACAAUUUGCCAUCGUAUUUUGAAGCAACUCAUAAUACCACAGCUCAGACUACUGCUACUGCUACUGCUACUGCUGCUGCUCCUCCUGCAUACAGUUAA